CUUGAAGCGAACGAAAAUGGUGGAGAUACAGUCGUCCGCUCUGAUCUUCGGUAUUUUGCUCUGUUGUCUCUCUGAAAACAAAGCAAGGUUUGUUAAAUUUUGAAUAUAAGCCUUAAGUUUAUGUUUAAGCGUAACAAUUCCCUACAAUGUAAAAGCAAAGCACAAUUAAGUCAUAUAUACGGCGUGGCCUGUCGCUGAGAGUGAGUUCUGUGCGAGAUCGAAUCAAACCACAGCGUUUAGUUUGCCUUAUCUCGAGCGAGAUCUAAGGGUCUAAGGAAUUAUAUUUGUAAUAAGAUUUAUUACGUUUUACAAUGUAGGUAAUGCUAAAUUAAAUCCGAGUAAAACAUGUGGUCAUUUCUGCAUAGUCAGAUGGUUGGCCAAUUCUGACCUUUUGACUGCACCGACUGAUUCAGCUAUCGCAGUACAUACAUCGUGUAAUAAUGCAGUUACAUUAUCAAUAUUAAUCGUUUGUGGUUCAGAGAAGAAAUUCAUUAAAAUCGAGGGACAGCUUUGCGAAAAUGCCCUAAGAUUGUUUUUUUUCCAGAGCUCCCCGGGAGCUUCCGUAGUAAAAUGAAAGGGAAUGCUCAUCCGGGGUACCCUAUAAUGGCCUCUGCAGGGAGGCUCCGGCCGAAAUGGGUACCUUUUUCUGGCUUCAGGUGUAUGAAAGGGUAGGGAUUUUAAUCGUUGAAGUAUAUGUCACAGCUUCCUUGAAAACCAUCAGGACAUUAUAGGUAAAGAAAAACUCCUCUGGCCCCCAGGGUAGUCACCACCAAACACUUAAAUUUUCAAACAUAACAGGUAAAUUUAAGUUUAUCUUUUCUUUGCUUUGUGUUUGCUUAUUAUUUUAGGAAUCCUCCAAAAAUUGUUACAAAAGGUGGAAGCCUUGUUUUACAAGCUGGUGAAGAUGGUAACAUUGUGUUUGAGCCUGCUCAUGGAAAACAAGUCCUUAUUGGUGGAAAUGCAUUAGUACGGCAUUUGAAUACUGUAAACUUCUUCAGCUAAUAUAACUCCCCCCAGUUAUUGGCCCAUCUACCUGUAAACAAAAAAUACAUCCAGUUAAAAGACCUUGGAUGUAAGCCCUCUUUUGCUUGUAUUAAAAUGAAUUCGAUUUUUUAUGAUGAUUUGAAGUUGUAAAGGCAAGUAAAUUCGAAAAGUAUUUCGAUCAGUACUGCUAAGUAUCUUGCAUUGUUUUGAAAUGCUCUUUUGCAGCUCGGUACGAAGUCCCCUGGAUAUAAGCCCCGCCCUUCAUAAGCCUUCCCAAAACCCUUAGGAAGUUGUAUAAGCCCAGAGCUUAUCGGCAGAAGUUCAUGGUAAUGCUUAACCCCAACUGAAGGGCACCACAGGGGCGGAUCUAGGGGGAGGGUGGAGGGGGUGCGCACCCCCCCUUCCCUGAGAUGACCUGUGGUUUUCUAAUACAACUGGUAUUCUGCAAAAAAAAAAAACUAUGUGGUUUAUUGGUGUUGAAAUGAAGUAGAGCAAGAGACGAGUGCACCCCCUGCUAAAAAAAGUCAGGGAUCAGCGCCUGCACCAUUAGAAAAACACCCCUUGGCUGACUAUGUCCUCCUUGGAGGGGAUGUGUUUGCAUGGAGUCCUAUAAACCACUGACAUUAUCUUCUUGGAAAAACACAAUUUCAGUUUGCAAGAUAGACUGUGUAUGCAGUGUGCAUUUUCAGUCCUUUAAGGUUCAAUGACUGAAUAUCCAUUUCAAGAAGCCCUUGGGUCUGAUGACAGUUUUGGAUAUGUGCUACCCUUAAACGCCCUCCAAAUUUAGAUUUAUCAUCACUUUUUUGCUGCUCAAAUUGUAAAACCAAAACACAUUUGAAAUACUAUAAUCACAUCAUAUCCUAGAUUAUAAAUCCCAAGAAAAUGACUUCAUCGGGCUGCACAUAGCUGUAAAGGUAUUUUGGGGGAGUAGCCAUUUUUUCUGCUUUAUCUACAGAAAAGCAAUCUUAUGCCUUUUCCCACCUACCCCGAACUGGCACGAUUACGCACAUUAAAUUCCUUGCAAAGGGGACCUUAAGAUACACCAUCUUUGGCUAUGGGUACAGGAAAGGGGACUUGCUUGCCAUACAAUGAUUUCCCAGAUGUGGUGGUGGAAUCAUUACUCUAGAUAACAGGAAGCCUUAUAGCCAUUUCUCUGAAAUAAGAAGCAGCCUCCUUAUUUCCCCCCUCCCCCUUCCCUGUUUACUGGAAAGAUUUGGGAAUCUUGAAGUCUUUUUUACUUCACUUGCGUGUUACAGGUAACAUUACAUUCAGGUUAAAAUUUUUUAGCCUAGAUUUUUCAACCUAGGUUGAUUCUCAAUUUCCUUUGUCUCCUAGCAUUCCUUAAUUAUUCAUGUAUUUAGGGCUAGGAGACAUAUUAAAGGAUAAUGAAGAUCAACCUAGGUUAAAGCAUUUUAACCUGAAUAUAAUUUGGACCUGUAACAUAUACAUUGAAAAUUUUAUUAUUUUUUCAGUAUAAUUAUUAUACUGUCACUGCACAAGUAGGACAAAAGAUAAUCUUUGCAGAGGUAUCACACACUGCACCUCUUUCCAUACUCAUUUCUUAAGACAGUAUUGUAUAUAUUGUCCUUGUUUGGACUCAUGAAUACCUGGAAAAAUUCCUUCAGCAUGAUCAUGUGUAUAAUAUUAAUUUGUUUACAAUUUCACAGAAUAUAUCAGCAAGUACCGGAGCUAAAGGGGAGGUAAAGUCUUCAUUCUAUUAUUCACUAAUAUUGUUUACUAAUAUUCUAGUGAUAAAAACAAACCUUUUGAGUUUUUUAAUACCCAUAACUUGAAUGUUCUUUUCUAUUUUUUUAUCAAAGAAAGGGGAUCAAGGACCUCAAGGCCCAGUAAGAUAAAACUUUAUAUUUUGAUAAUUUAUUUCAGCUCAGUGCUACCUGCAAAUAACUGAGUGAUCAACCUAUACUACAAAUUGAAUGUACUUUUUUCAUUUUUUUCCUUCCAGCGUGGAAAAACUGGAGAUAUGGGAAAGCCUGGACAGGUCAGUAAUGUUUGUUAAAAACAUUAAUAACAGCAACAACUUUUGACCUUUUUUCCCAAUCAUUUUCAUGAAAAAUGAGCAACCAGCACUUCAAAAUGUGCAUUUAACAGCUUUAUAAAUGUUUGUCUAUUUUAAUGAUUUAAUUAUUGUUUCAUAAUAAUUUCUUCUUAUCUUCUCAACAAGAAUGGUACCAAAGGAGAGAAAGGAGAGCCAGGACAAAUAGUAAAUGUGGUAAUUAAUUUCCUGCCUGAUCUUUAUGUUUUAGUUCCAAACAUUUUACAAAUUUCUUACAAAAACUCUUACUCUAUUUUAUAUUUUUGGUGCUGGUACUUGUAGCACUCAAAGGUCACCUAAGAUGGUAAAUUACAUUUUUACAUCAGUCUACCUCUACAUCUACAUUUUUUCAUCUACCAGAUAACUAACUAAUCUGUAGGUUGCAGUGAUAUCCAAAAUUAACUGUAGGCUCUUAACAAAUAUAUGAGAAAACAGAUAGUGAACGUACAAUUUGAAAAUAUCAAUAAUUUCAGUUAUAUUACUAUUAUUAGAUUAUAUUAAUAUUUUUGUAACAAAAUUUUCUGUUUCAGAAAGGUGAUCAAGGUCCACCUGGAAAGGUAAUACUGAUAUGUCUUGUGAUUAAGAGAUAUCUUAAAAUCUAGAACUGUCAGUACUCUCACUCGCGGCUCAAUGAUGAUAUGGGCUAUAAUAUGACAAAAUGUCCUCUCCAAAUAGGAAACAAUAUUGGUUGUCUUCUUUAUAAAAGAACUCUCAGCUUGUUCCAUCUGAUAGGACCUGAUAGUUUAAAGUUCCUGCAACCUACAGUUAUUGGUAAUUGAGCUAUCAAAUGUUAUUUUCCUAGAAUGGUACUGAUGGCAUUCGAGGACCUCCUGGUGCAAACGGAACAAAAGGAGAGCCUGGUCCUCGAGGGGCACCUGGACCAUUAUUUAACACUGUGAAUCAGUCCACUUUGAGGUAAGGACUACAAGAUUUUAUUGAAGACAAGGGCAUGUGUUAGUAGACUCAAUCCAUAUUAGAUUCUUGUUUGUUAUUGUACUGGACAUCACAAAUAUAGCCCGUCAAUAAUAUCAAUAGUGUCCAGUGGGCCUUCUUCCCAAUUUUGGUAAUUUUAAUAUCUCCCUCGAACACUUGAAGGAGAAGGCUCUUCAUGCUCUUUUUAGUUUAAGAAAACACACAAACUUUAGCAAAUUAAAACCUUCUCUUGCUUGCAAAAUAUUUGAAACGAUGAUUUCCCCGAUAUUAUCAUAUAAUAGCGAAAUUUGGGGUGUAUAUGUAAAACAUGAUUUUAAAGCUUGGGACAAUACCCCAACUGAAAAAACCCACUUGAAAUUUUGCAAGCGUUACCUAGAAAUAAGCAAUAAAGCUUCAAAUGUUGCAAGUAGAAGUGAAUUGGGACGGUUCCCAUUAAUUAUUAAUAUUUAUAAAAACAUCCUUUAUUACAUAUUGUAUCUUCUGCGUAAAAACGAGGAUACUAUUGUUAAACAAGCCUUUUCGUACUUAAGCUAGAACUUCACUGUAAUGGUAAAAAUAGCUUUUACAAUAAUCUUAUGAAAAUAUCUGAAUAUUAUGACCUCCCUGAUUUUGAUCCUAAUAAUUUAAGUGAAGCUAAGAUCAAACACUAUAUAGAUAUAAUAAAACAAAAAUAUAUUGCAUAUUGGCAACAUACAAUCCAUCAUUCUAAGAAACUACAAUUUUACAGCUUAUUAAAACAUGAUUAUAAAAUUUCAAGUUAUCUAGACUUAAUUAGAAAUUCUGCGAAUAGGAAAGAUUUAGUGAAAAUUCGUAUAAGUAACCACAAACUCAUGAUUGAAACUGGAAGAUAUAAUCAAACUUCCAUAACGAUAGACUCUGUCCUAUUUGUAACUCUGGAAAAAUUGAAGGCUUAAUUUCAUUUUCUCUUCCAUUGUCCAAAAUACUCAAUCCCAAGGGAGAAAUUCUACGAUCAAAUCCAACAAAAAUUUUGUCGAUUUUGAUCAGCUAUCUUACACAGAAUUAAUAAUUAAAUUGAUGAAUUCACAGAAUUUUUCCGUAAAUUCACAUUGUGUUGAAAUUUGUCUCAUUAUGUAAUGAUUUACGUAAUAAUUUGUUAUCAAGUCAUGCUGAUGACACUUGAUUGACUACAGUCAUCAUUGCAUUAUCAUUGUUAUGAUUUGUUUGUUUGUUUGUUUGUUUGUUUUUUUUUUAUAUUAAAGCUUUUGCAAUACUGUAACUACAUAAUUAUAGUCAUGCAAAUAAAGCUUAUGUUGUUGUUGUUGUUGUUGUUGUUGGAUCGUGGGUGUGAAUACCUUAUUAUUUUAUAGCCUGAUAAUGACAUCACUGUAAUUCAUGUUUGCCGACUCUUUUUCUUGACUUGAUUUUGACAAUGAGAGGUAUGAUCAACAGUAUAUAUUAUAAGCAAUAAUUAAAAUGACCUGGUACUCAUUCAUUUCACAGGUGCAUGGCUAAAUAUUGUAGGGAUCAGCAUGGACUGAAAGCACUUAUAUUAACACAAGUUAACCCAAACAAUUUGUCUUGUAACAUUUUCUUUUAGAUGUGGUAAUGCUAGUGAUUAUGGCUCAGUCAGGUUCAUGUCUGGAUUUCUUCAGGUAAUCCCUGAGGGAUCAGAGCAAUGAUAGUUCUAUCAAGUAGGACUGGGAAAUGUUCCCAGUGGCAGGGAGUAAUGAGAAGUCACUGUUUAAUUAGCAGGCUGAUCCUUUUAGAGUUUCUUCUUGGCUUGUCAUCUGGUUCUCGUUUCUGUGAGACUAACAUCUAAAGGCCAAUUUGUUUUAGAAUGUAAGGGCCAAAGGUUUAUCAGCUUCAUGAUUAUUAAACCUCCAUAAACAUGUUUAAAAUGGCAUUACUAUAAGUCUGUGGCCUACUCAAGAUAAUAUUGGCUUUGAUUCAGUCCUCAGUUAGUUUCAAAAAAUGAUCCACCUGUUUAGAAAUCAAAUGUAGUUAAUCUGAGUUAAGUUCUAUCAUAUACUGGAAAUUAAUCUGGAAAAAUUUAUACUGCGAGCGCUGCAUGACUCUUUUAACACAUAAAUUCUUGUUUUUUUUCCUUCAUGCACCUUUAGGUCUGUACAGGAAUGGGUUGGCAGAAACUGGCAUUUCAAGACAGUCUAUGCCAAAUGAACAUCCCAAAGAUGAACCACGAAGCCUUUCAAACUGCAACCUUUGCCAUUUUAUUCCAGUUUAAUGGCAAUUUGAAUGUCAAUUUUGGUCCUAAUAUGAAUAUCACAAACAUAACAACAGGUAGUAGAAUUUGGUGUAAGUAAACAUAAGCUGAGAGUUAUACUAUUUCCAAUAAUUUUGCUGAAAGCACAAGUAAUUUGUUUGUUAUGUACCCCCGAGUGUAACAGGUGACUUCUCUGCCCAUCAACUGGAUUGGAAAGAAAAUUACAUUUUUACCACCUGCUUUUUGAAGCAGAUGUAGAAUCUUGACAAGGGAAAGGUCGCCUCUGAUGAAAGUUUGUAUCUAAGGUGAAAAGAUACUUGUGGCAAGAGGAUGGGUGAAGAGGCACCCAAGGAAUCCCUUCUUCUCAAUAGACCCUCCCACGAUGUUCACAUGUAUGCCACUAAAACACUACAUUUCCAAGGAUUCUGUUUAAGUUAAUGCUCCCUUCCACCAGGGUUUUUAAGUUGUCAAAACAUCAGUGAUGGUUGUCAGUUGUCUGACUCACCAACAGUCCCCUUGCACAGAUGAACCAGUGCUAAUAAAAUUGGAACAAUUUUUUGCUUUAUUCUGAUUUAGAGUACCAACAAAAGGGAGGGCGAAACACCACUCAGUAUGUUGAAAGUUUAAUGGGGAAAGCAGUCCAGCUGAAAGGUCAGGAGUACAUCAAUUUACAUGGUAUACCAGCAGAUUUCUGGACUAAUGAUGAAUGGUCUGUCAUGGGCUUAAUGAGAUUUCAUGAUGAUGGCAUAUUGGGCAGCAGUAAAGAGAUACCUGUUUUAGGAGAUGGAGAACCUGUCAAAGAUAAAGGAUUUCAUCUUGGUUUAAUUAAACAGGUACUUCAUGAUACGCAAGGAGAUAGGACACAAUACUGCACCUCUAACCAUGACACUGUGUGCAACAAAACCUUUGAUGCCUUUUCAAUUUUUCUCUCUCUCUUUAGAAAUUGUUGUUUGGUUUCUAUUCCAAUGAUGUUACAGGAGUGACCACAAUAAAUUACAAUCAGUGGUAUCAUGUUACUUGGACUUGGAAUAAAAAUGACCCUGUGAACCCUCGGUAAGAGCAGUAGAUGGUCACAAGUCUGAAUCUAAAUGUUAGUGUAAUAAUAUUAUUUAAGGAAACAUUACCCAUUAAUUUGUUAAAUUAUAUUUCUAAAUAAAUUAUUGAAUGGCUGUUUCUGCCAGGGGAAAAGAUUAAGUGAAUCUUUUGUUUUUGAUGGGCAGGGUUGUCAUAAAAAAAUUCAAGGAGAAAGUUUGACAAUGGACAGUGCUGGGAAAUGGUCACACUUUGAUUAUUCCCUCUAUUUCAUUUUAAUUACCUGGUGAAUGGAAGUAGCUGGCAAUAUCGGUGGUCCCCAGCCCUGGACAGGCUAACCAAGAAGGCUCACUUGGAAUUUCCCACAUUUGUUCCACAAGAAUGAAGCUCUCUGAACCACAUAUUAACAAAUCGUUUAUUGACCAAGGUUGGUCAGUCAAGAUGGCUAGAUAUCGGGCUCUUUCUUUUUUAAAACUUUUUCUUGACCUCGACUUAGUGUUGGUCCACAAAAUAUACCAAAAACAAUAGCCAAAUUAUAUCCAGCCAUUCUGACCUUAAACUUGGUCAAUAACGCAUAAGUAUUGCUUGAUCAUCGGUAUGACCUUUGUUGAGCACCAUAUUCAUAUCAUCUUUUUUUCUUUGUACAUGCAACAGGACAAUAAUUGUUGAUGGCAAUAUAGAUAAAAAGGACAAGCCUCAAAACAACUUCAAAGGAACAAGUGGGAAAACACAAAUUGGAACUUGGUGGAAUAACAAUCUAAAAACAAACGUAGAAAUUGAUACUCUCUACAUUGUCAACAAAGCAGUAAUUUACCCAUCCAGCAGCGUCUACCAACAGCAGUGUUAUGCAAAGGUUUUCAACUCUUAUAUGCCAUAG